GCAACUCGAUAAGAACCUCUCAUCCCCGGAACAGGACCGAGCAUUCGGUAAUUGCAUACACGGCAGACCGCGACGGUGAAAACGACGUCCCGAAGAGAGCGGCAAAGCCGGACCUUCCGACCGCACCGCCCGGGCCACCCCGAAGGGGCGACCUAGUUCAGGUGGACGACGGUACCCGGUACGCGAUCACCCGAACACCCGGUUAACGUAAACGCGGACCGGAUUCGCGAGUCGAGUCGGACUGCGAUUUAUUUCUUCUUUUUUUUUUUCCCUUCCCUCCUUUUCGCAAGAUUCUCCUAUUUGCCGGGGCUUUUCGCGAGGGCUUUUCCCACUCGCCGUCUGUGAACGGCGAGUGAACGGCCCCUGUAACGAGACAACUCGAUCGAUUUGCAAAUAACCAUGGCGACGGGGAGUCUUGGCAAAAUGUGCGCCCAUGUGCUCUCUCUCUCGGCACCGACGCUCUGCACCCCUUGCACCCACGCCGGGUGCUCCUCCCCUCUGUAAACAUUGCAUCGGCAUAACCCCCCUCGCGAUGCAUCCGCGGGAUUCGUCCGUUGCACCCGCGUGGCUCCCCUUUGCCGGGCCACGCGGAAUGGCCCCUACCUGGGGCGAUAAUUUGCCGACCUCCACCUGGACGUAGGGAUGGCGUCCUCCCCCGAAUGGAUGGCGCGAGCGGUCGUCCCUUCGGUCGGGCCGAUAUGAGCCGCCCGGUCGGUUAAUCGAUUAAUUGCGACUUAGUGGCUCGACCUGAGACGGUGACACGGAAGGUCUGGGGCUCGGCUCGAGAUUUAAACCGGCGAUCUCUCUUGUGCCAUUGUGAAAGGUGCCUCGAUCGAAGGAAUUGGUUCCCACCGGAAGCGCCCAUCUUCUGCAACGGUAAGCCGGGCGUCUCGCGGUCCCGGGUUUGCUGCGAUACCGAGUACUGCAACCUGAAUUUAAUCCCGGUAUUACUAUCUCCCGACACGAGCGAAAUGCCCCCAGGUAUUGAGUUUACGGGUUGGCCGGCGAGAGUGUGUGCGGCAUUUCUCAAGAGAGAAGUUGGCGUUAACUGUUUUUUUCCCCGUGUUUCCCUUUUGGACUUUUACUUUUUUUGUCUUACGUUUAUCGCCUCCCCCCUCCUUUUGGUUUUUUUUCGGGGGGGAAUUUUCUCCCGCGUGGAUGCACCUUUCUUUUCUUUUCUUUUUUUUUGGCCCUUUUUUUUUUCCUCCCCUUUUCGCGGUUACCUCCCCCGGGCCGGUGGAGUUGAUCACCUCUCGGGGCUUCGUUCACAUUCGUUCGAUAUCAAUUCAUAUCUUUUGGUACGUGGCCCUCUAAAUAAUGGGCUGAUAAGGAACGGUAUCGAUGACGUUGGACCGAUGCGACCCGAAUCUCCGUUUAGGGGUUGAUCGAACCGCCGGUGCCGCGCGUUAAGUACUAACCCCCGGAACCGACAAGGCGAUAACGAGUUGAUAUAUUAACUGCACCCGUUUUCUGCGGUGGCUACCCCAUUCUCCCUCUGCCCCUUGGCCGUUUGGCGUGGACCCCUGCGCAGAGCUCCCUGGCCCCUGAACUCCACCCUGGAUGACGUUUCCUCCUCGAGGACGAACCUACCCCCUACGUGCGCUCCCCUCCUCGUUUGAGAACUCGGACUCGCGGGACAUUGGCGCGAUCGCAGCUUCCGUUCGCCAAGAUCGGGGAAAUCGCUCGUCUCUUAUCACGCGACCUCCCCCCUCCUCUCCGUUUCGCUUUCUCCCCCUCGUCCCGCCGUGUUAUCUCUCCCUCCGCGAUCUCUCGCCCGGUCUUAUCGGCCUGGGCUCUUUGCAAACUCUUUCGCUCUUGAUUCCUUUAAUUUUCUUUCUGUCUUUUUUUUUUUUUAAAUAUUUAUCUUCCUUCUUUCAUUUUUCCCCGAUUUUAUCUCGAUCCCACGCCGCGGUCUCUCGCGCGUGCACUUGGCGCCGAGUGCGGCGACUCGGUGGAGUCGCGCGCCAAGUGCACCGGGAUAUCCUCGGUCCAUGGAACGGUCCCGUAGCGCGAUCCGCGAGAAAUUUGAGUCUUCUCACGAGUUCGAGGGAAUCCCACGGCGAGGGGAGCGGGGAUGGCUCCCUUCGGCGAUUCCCCCCCGCGAGCCAGGUCGCGGGGGUGCCCGUGGAUCGAUUCAAACGAGAUGCAAAAUGGGCUUGAAGGUGCGUCCAGAAACAGUUGUCGUCGUCGCAGCCCGAACCGCUGAUCUUCUGCAUGACGAGCGACUCGAUAAACACGACCUUUGUCAUCGAGUGCUGCAAAGAGGAUUUUUGCAAUCGAGAUCUGAAACCCCAGCUGCACCCCCGCAACAAAGAAGGUGUUACGAUAAGACGCGGUUCUUCCCGGCGCCGGAGUACUCGGUUUGGUGUAGCUCCAACGGCAGGGGCCCAGGAGGCGGCGAAUUCGUGGUCGCCUGCUGCGACCACGCCGAUUUCUGCAACCGUGACCUCAGGCUUCCUUUUCUAUCUCAGCCAAGGCGAAACCCUUCUCGCUCGUCUCACUACCUCGAAGACGGAGCGUCGGCGAACGGCGACGAUGCCACCUGGGUCACCUGGAAGAUGGCCCUGACGAUCGCCCUGCCCAUCUGCGCCAUCUGCGUGGUCGUGAUGAUCGUCUACCACGUGCACAUGACCAGGAGGAGGCCGGUCAUACAUUUCCCGGACGACUCCCUGGAGGCACCCGAUAGACCCAUCCUGGGUGGAGUCACCAUCAGGGAUAUGCUGGAGAUGACCACCAGCGGCAGCGGUUCGGUAGGACUGCCACUCCUGGUUCAGCGGAGUAUAGCCCGCCAGAUCCAGCUGGUCGAGACCAUCGGUAAGGGUCGAUUCGGCGAGGUCUGGCGUGGCCGGUGGCGCGGGGAGAACGUCGCCGUGAAGAUAUUCAGCUCAAGGGAGGAGAGGUCCUGGUUCAGGGAGGCCGAGAUCUACCAGACCGUCAUGCUGAGGCACGACAAUAUCCUGGGAUUCAUCGCUGCCGAUAAUAAAGAUAACGGCACGUGGACGCAGCUCUGGCUCAUCACGGAUUACCACGAGAAGGGCUCCCUCUUCGACUAUCUGAACCGAUCGACCGUCGACACGAACGGCAUGAUCAGGAUGGCCCUGUCGAUAGCCACCGGGCUCGCGCAUCUGCAUAUGGAGAUCGUCGGGACCCAGGGCAAGCCCGCGAUCGCUCACAGAGACCUCAAGUCGAAGAAUAUCCUCGUAAAGACCAACGGGACUUGCGCCAUCGGCGACCUAGGCCUCGCCGUCAGGCAUGACGUCAUUACCGACACCGUUGACAUUCAGCUGAACAACAGGGUCGGCACGAAACGGUACAUGGCGCCUGAGGUUCUCGAGGAGACGAUAAACAUGAACCACUUCGACUCCUUCAAGAGAGCGGACGUCUACGCGCUGGGCCUGAUUUUCUGGGAAAUCGCCAGGAGGUGCAACGUGGGCGGGAUCCACGACGAGUACCAGCUGCCUUUUUACGAUCUGGUGCCCUCGGAUCCUACAAUCGAGGAGAUGAGGAAGGUGGUCUGCACGGACCGGCAGAGGCCCUCGAUCCCGAACAGAUGGCAAUCGAUCGAGGCUCUUCAGGUGAUGUCCAAGGUCAUGAAGGAGUGCUGGUACCAAAACGCCGCGGCCAGGCUCACCGCCCUCAGGAUCAAGAAGUCCCUCGCCAACUACGGCAUCAUGGAGGACUCGUUGUCGAAGUAGAGCUCGACGAGGAGGCACCGGGGGUGUCUCUUCGAAUUCUCAUUCGUUUCGCGGCUUCGGCUAGAGACGAAGCGCGGACUCUUGUACCCCCGCGAGACCGGAAGGCGUCCGGGAUGGGGAAAAGGGCACUCGUGAAACGGCUGCUCGGAGACCCUCCGGGGACGUUGCGGCUCUCUCGAGGGUCUCCUCUGGGAGGACUUUACGUAGUACCUUUUUACGUCACCGUGGACAUGUCCGAGAGACACGGUGGAAACGAGGACCGGAUUUUGUGGGGGACGCGGACCCACUUUGGUCCCAGUGCAUCGUAUGCGGGGAAAGGGGUCGAGUUUCGUUCCGCGGGCUCGUGGUAUUUUCCUGAAAUGGAAAGCUCGAUCGCCGAGGGUGCGGACCUGCGACCGGUACAUGCGAAUGGACUCGAUUUAAAGCCUAAGCAUCGCUUGACGCGUCUAAGUACCGGAGGAGAAGACUUAUGCCCGAGGCCUAAUCGAACGGCUCCGAUCGUCGCCUCCGAGCAAUUUUGGACAGACACUUCGGAUUGGGACCCGCGCUCCUUGCCCCUGGGAUUCGCUCGGAGAGGUCUUUGCGUUGUAUAAUAUUUUUUACGGAUUCUCGUGUAUUGAAUAGAUAUGUCGCCGGGUCGAGCCUCGGACGAUCAGCGCGGGUUCCUUCGGGUUACUUUUAACCGCUUCACUUGACACGAACGGUCGAAAAGCUGGGCCCAGCUACGUCUUUCAGGCACGACCUCGAGGUCCGUCGAGUCGAUCUUUUCGUUCGACCGGUUCAAAGGAUCUGCGAUUCGACACUCGAGUGCGCUCUUCGUGGACUCACCGGAUGUACGUACCUGAUCGUACGUAUAGGCAGGUGGAAGAUGUACCUUGAGGUAUCUCUUUACCGAGUGCUCAUACCAAAUACUAAAUAGGCGUGCAGAGAGGGCGCGGUCGAGUCUUGAAUCGUAUUGACCACGGUCUUCGCCGAGGACGAACCUUGGCGCGAAGAGAACUAGAAGAGAGAAGUGUAGACGAGGACGUUGGUCCGUGUUGCGGGAAAAUGACGAACGGUCGGGAAAUGACAGAGCGAGAUGGGGAGCAAGGAGUAGGAAUCGUCCAUCGUAGCCGACUCUGCGAUUUUAACGAUUACGCGUAAAUGCCUAGGUGCGAGCCGAGGAUCUCGUAAUGCCUGUAAUCGUAUUUUUCUAUAUUGUUUUGCUCCUUUUGUACGACGCAUUCGCGAGCAUAUCGCCGCCAUUGUUCCUUCCUUCGGCGCGGAUCAUCGCACGGAUUUGCCAAGUGCCUUCGCCGGCACGUAAUUCCGCGAGCUCGACUUCUCAAGACUGAAAAGCGUGUACACACACACUCACACAUUGCCGUCAACACAUACACAUCUAACGUGGAUAUAAUGUCGAGGAUACGCGCGACUGGUAAUUUCGCAUACUCGUCUCCUCCCUCGCGAAAAGAGAGCAUCGGUCAUCCGGACACCGGCCUCCGUCCGUUUCUCUCAUCUCCCUUUGACCGUGUCUAUAUAUUAUAUAUUAAAACUGAAGUGAAACGCAUAUACAUUCCCAGUGCAGGUAGGCUGAUUUAUAAAGGUGUUAAGUAACGCGUUAAGGUCCCCUAAGUGAAUCAAUCAGGAACUUCUGCAACGGACGCAAAGUUCGGCCGACUGUUAUACCCUGCCGAGCCGGAGGGUCGUGAGAGCGCUCGCCUGUCGGUGCGAAAAAUCGUGGAUUUCCGGGAUAACGGCCCGCGACAGGGAAAACUCCCUCGGACGAAAGUUGUUCCUUGGUUCGUUGGGAAUGACUUUUGUCCGAGGAGUUUUUCGAUAGCGCGUAUGGAUUAGGAGCAGCAGGUCGCCCCGGUCGACGUUGCCACGACCUUCCGGCUCGAUUCCGGCAGUAUCCUACCAAUAGGUUUCCGUAUACCGCUAGUACAAUUUUGUGCCAAUAUACCCCCGUCGAGAGUUAACGAGAGACCAAUAGUAAAAGAUUCACACCUAUGACCGAAAUGUUCUACCGAGCCCUCCUGUAGAAUCCGUACUUCCCUCCUCGAGGCCUCGAGGGAUCUUCUACGAGUCUUGGCGCUAAUGGUAAUUUCACAGGAUUGACCGCAAUCGCUCUUAUCCGGUUCCGGUUGUGCGGCGAGACUCUAGCGCGUACUCGCAUGUCACGUAUUUUGUCCCAUGGACUAUACAUACGAUAUAUGUAUAUAUAUAUAAUGUACUCGAGGGGGUCUAUGCGCCAUCCGAUGCGCCGUGAUAACCACGAUAAGAGUUAACAUACACGCAAGUACGGCGAUUGCCGAAGUUCCUCGUCGAGACCUCUGCACGCGUUUUUCGUUGCAUCGCCCCCGAGGUUGGUGAUUACCCUCGUUGCCUUAGUGCUUGUUUGUUGAACGUGGAACAAGUGGGACAAACAUGAAAUUGACGUGUACAAAGAUUAUUAAUAAAUUACCAUGGCGUUCGCCAUACCGUCGCGCGGACCAGAACUGUAGAUACUUCUUCGCGCGUAUCUUUUUUUUUUCCUUUUUUUAUUCAUAGACAUCGCAUUCUUUUUUUAGCUUUAUCGGAGUGGCGCGCGUUAAUUUAACGUAUCGUGCAUUAUAUCCGGGAGAUUUUACCACUACGAAAAGGUGGGUACCUUGGAAGGGAAAUUCGUACAAAGGUGUGUAGGCUCCGACUUAUCCCGCCUCGCGUGUAAAGUCUUUACAUAACAGAUAUUUAUAAAGUUGUACAUACGAGAGAGGGAGAGAAAUCGCGCGCAGGAGGGGAUCAGGGUGUAGAGUAAUAUAUCCGUUGCAUGCCCGGUGUAACGACGAGGAUUUCACGUGUAAAAAAGAGGUGAUACAAAUAAGCAUUAAGGUAACGUCCCCCGCGUAGAUUCGGCCGAAAUGUCGAAAUGGCGACUCGUCGAUGUUCCGCUCGAUAAGUGAUUUCUACUAGGAUACGUCUAUACUAUACAUAUAUUUUCUUUUUUUUUUCUCUUCACAAGUCGCUGGAAUUUUUUUUUCCUUCGAAUGUUCCUCGCAACGACUUUCCGUUGAGCUCUAUAUAUAUAUUUUUUUCUCCCUUUUUCCUUUAGCUUUAAUUCCGUCGACUUAGCUGCGGAUAGAGUCGAUAGUCGUCCCACGUUUUGCUCGCUAUCGACGCCGUAUUUUCCUUUCCUCCUGUUAAUAAUUUUAUUGCCCCCUUCGUUUCUCCUCCGUGUACGAUACUCUGUACAUAGACCGAUGUAAAUGCUCCCUCGAAGGGCCGUAAAAAAUUGCGCGUACUUCCGCAGCACGUGGUCGCUCGUGUUAUAUCCGCGAGCUCUUGGCGCGGUGGCUCUACGUACUCUGCACUGUAUCUCCCUCUCUUUCUCUCUUCGGUCGGCGGCCUUUUAGCGGGGCUUCGAGCGGAAAUAGAGAAGAAUAGGAGAUUCGCGUCGAUUCGUUCUUCUUAUGGCCGAGUCUGUCGACUUAAGUCGGGCGUAAACGAUCUAGCGCCGAGAGAUUUGUAUAUCGGCCGGGCGCGGUUUAUCCGCAUAAAUUAGACUAGUUGCGUGUAAGGUUGUAACUCGGCUGUAGAUUUGAAUGCGAGGAAGAGGGACGGCGUCGUGAAUGGGUAGCGAAUUAAGGGUGCGGCUGAGACGAGUAAACGGUAGGUAUGAAUGGCACCAACGAGGAGGACCUCGACGAGAACCUCCGUCUCUUGAAACCGCGGCCGGGCCACUUUUUAGCCGGUUUUUAAACAGUAUUUCGAGUUAAGUAAAGGGGAUAUGGCCGACGUAUAGUCGGUCGGAGGUGAUGUGCACUCUUGUACGAUGGAUGGAGCAAUAAUUUCGGGAGAGAUUGGUGCUUGGUAGUUCGGGGUUGCCUCUUCGAGGUCGCUCCUCUUGGCCCGGAGUUGCGAGCGAGGAUUCGGCACGUGGUGGAUCUUGGGAGGGAUAAACGGGGGACUCGAGGCUUCCCCGUUUCUUUUGGCGGGUAUCCUCUUGAUUUGAUGUCCAAUUGCCACCCUCUCGGGGGGUGGUGAUGGAUUCUCAGUGCCGUUUACAGGAUUGAUAUUGGGUUCUUGCGAGGCUCUUAUUCGCGAAUCACCGACGGAGACUCCCCGACUGUUUCUUACGCUCUCGGAACUCUUCCGCGGGUCUUUUCGAGCAGGUUUUUCACGGAUUUUUCGGAAUUUUAGAUUUAUCGGGGGGCGCCCCCUUGCGCCCUAUCGUUGAACUUUUGUACCGCGAGGAUUUGUACCGACUUAGGAAUAGAACUCGUCGAUCCCGGUCCGAUCCUAAGUCCUCUAUGCCGCGCUCCCUAUCAAUAAAGCCACAGUGGUUCGAAGGAUUUCCCGGUUGAAGGAAA